AUGUACUCGCCGAACAGUAGCCAUGUUUCUGGCAACCACUGGAUGAGGCACGAUAGAAACCUCAUCAAGCCUGCCAGUGGUGCAAGGGCGGCAGCUCUCAGGCGCGCGCUCGGUACAAUGUGUAACAUCCCGACCACCUACGGAGUUCCCCCUAAAACAAUGAAGUUCAAACCUGCAACGCCGAACGGACAAACAUGGCCACUCCCUUACAGCGGCGCCACUACAAGAACACUGGCAGUGUUUCGCGCAGCGCCUGCGCUCAGCAGCCCUUUGACAAGAACGGCCUCCAAGCAGCGAUGCGAAACCAGUCUCGACCUAGCUCAAACGCGGACAACAAAGGGCAUCAUCGUAGCACAGAAUGCCAAGGUUCCUGGCCGCCGAUGGGUUCAGCCGCGCUUGAAGCGUGUUGCUGCCGACAUGCAGGGGCUGCAAACCGGCUGGCCGCUCACCCGAAUCUCCUGGGCGGGAGGUAGGAACCGAGGCAAUGCCGCUCGUCCAUUUGGUGGUGCAGCUGGUCUUUCCUCGCACACUCUGGCCAACUCGGUAUCCUUCUCAACCUCAGCCGCCGCCCAAGCCAAUUUAUUCAUGCGUUUUCCCGUCGACUCAAUUGCCAGCACUUUCCUGACGAGUAUCACGGCCCCGUCAUCCCUCACGCCUCAGACUGUUACCAAUCCGCUCGACCCCCGGGCCACCACAUUGGAUGCCCUGCUGGAUACCUCUACGAGGCUGCAGAUAACAAUCUCCCCAACAUUACAAACGACAAGUACGACAGCACUUGCACGCCCGGCUACGAAUGCAGUAGACAUUGCAAGUGAAGGCCCGAGGGCGGCCCCUACCACCAAAGCUACGGCCACGGCUGAGGCCGCUGCAGCGACUGCAAAAGUCGAGGCAAAAAUCGCCAGGCGUCAAACUGGCGAGGCGGACACGACCGCAGUCCCCCAGAGUGAGAGCGCCGACAUUGACCCUGCGAAAGGGCCGUUCCCGGGAGGCGUUCCGACGGCCGAGGAUGAUGUGCUCAUCACGGCGAUAUUCCUCAUCCUCUUUGCCCUGGGUGCUUUCACGCACAUCUCCAUCUUCCGAGCAAACUCCAAGCGUGGCCACAAGUUUCUCAUAUCGGACCUCAUGUUUGACUUUUGCAUGGUGCGAGUCAUGACGUGCAUCUUCCGCAUCGUCUGGGCAUUUUCUAGUCCACGCGGCGUCGUCUUGGCGGCAACCAUAUUCCAGAACGGCGGCACCGCCGUCAUCUUCGCCGUCAACUUGUUCCUCGCACAGCGCCUCGUGCGCUCCAUGCACCCUGCGUUUGGCUGGCGACCGGCUUUCAGCUGUCUCUCUCUGUUCCUGAUCUUCUCCGUGCCGGCCGUCAUCGUGAUGAACAUUAUUGCCACGGCCGUCAGCUUCUUCAGUGUCGGAAAGCCGGUCCAGCUACAAGCUGUCGAGGGGGUGCUCAAGUUUGGUGCGUCCUGGAAUAUGAUGCUGGUUGCCAUGCCCCUGUUGUGGGUGUUCCUCGCGAGCGCGACGGCGCAUUCAUCCUCCGAUGGGUUUGGCGUUGGUCAUUUAUCCCGCAAAGGAAGCCUGCUCGUUUUCAGUGCCAUCACAUUGGCGGUAGGGUCGGUUGUGAAGCUGGUGGCGAUAUCGAAUCCCGCCAGCGUCGCGGCCAUGUCUCCGCUGUUUACCAAAAGUGCCUUCUACACAACGGGCUUCAUGCUGGAGAUACUGACAGUCGCUGCGUACGCCCAUUUUCGCAUUGACUUGACUUUCCACAUUCCCAACGGGGCCAGCGGACCAGGAGACUACUCGCUGCCUCCCAGCGAUAAGCCCCGAUCGUGGACGGCAGGCGAGGUCGUGAGGGAAAUCGGCAAGAUUGGGGUCCGCUACGAGCUUUUGAGCUCCCAUAGCGGCCAGGGCAACAGGCAGGGGCCAGUACUCGCUCUACUGUAUCUCGACGCUACUGAAAAUGACGUGUCGGUCGACGCGGAGCUGGAUUUCGCGGAUCUGAGAAGCGCCAGGGUGAGCCGAAGGCAGAGUUUCAUGGAAGCGAUCCGGCCAAAAGAACCCGCACGGGCAAAGAGGUCAGCAAUGUAUAUCACCGAGAAGCAGACGCCCAGUCUGUUCAACGAGUAG